GGAAUGUCGUGGCUUGGAAGAGGCGCGGCUGCAGCACUCCGUCAAGGGUGCGUGCAGUUGGGUAUGAGAUCCCGCUCCUUCUCGACACUAGCAUCUGCCCUGGAUGCUGAUCUCAUCGGCUUCAUCGGCCUCGGUGAGCAGCAGAGCAGAUCCAACACGGGAGGUUCAUGGUGAUCAUCGUGUGUAUGUAUUGCAUAUAUGUGCAGGCAACAUGGGUCUGCCGAUGGCGUCCAACCUGCUGACGCACGGGCGUAGGCUGCUGGUGUUCGACAUGUCUGAUGAGAGGCUGCAGGAGGCCCAGAAGAGGGGUGCCAAGGCCGCACAGAGCGUCGCACAUGUGGCCCGGGAGGUGAGCGAAGCGACCAUUGAUUGCAGUGCAUCUGCAUGCACCAGGAUGUCUGUGACAUUCCUUCGUUCGUUCCUCCUCUGGCUGGGUGUGGUGUGUGUAGGCUCGCGUCGUGAUGACCAUGCUGCCGGCCACGAAACACGUCAAGGCCGUGUACCUCGGCGAAACAGGUCAGUCAGCAUACAUACACACGUGAGGGACCAGAUGGAUGAAGUGAGGCGGAAAGGUUUAGUGAGUGAGUGCGUCCUCGCUGUUGUGCAGGUCUACUCGCCAAUCUGGGGGAGAAGGGCAGUCUUAUCAUCGACUCGUCGACCAUCGACCCUGUGAGUGCGGAAGAGGUCAACAAGGAGGCCACAUCGGCGGGUUAUCGGAUGGUGGAUGCCCCGGUGUCUGGCGGCGUGCCUGGGGCGGUGGACGCGACGCUCACCUUCAUGGUCGGGGGCACCGAUGACAACUUCAAGGUACGUACGUACGUCCACUACACCUCACCUGUCUGUCGGUCCGCAUGGUUUGCGUGAGUGGUGGCACAAUGAAUGCGACCAAAUCCAUCCUGUCCUGCUGUGCUGUUGUUGUAUCGUUUCCGAUUUGAUGUGUGUGGAUGUCAUGUGCUGUGAUGGGUGGUUCGGUUCAGGCUACCCAGCCGCUGCUGGCCAUGAUGGGCAAGAGUGUGGUCCAUUGUGGGGGCCCGGGCAAGGGAGCAGCCUUCAAGGUAAGCGUCGCAAGCACAGACGCUGGCCAGCCAGAUAAGAUAGCACGUGUGUGUCAAGCAAGACUUGCUUGUGUCGCCCUCCCUCUGCAGGUGUGCAACAACUUGAUCCUUGCCGUGAGCAUGCUGGGCGUGUCGGAGGGCUUCAGACUCGCCGAGUCUCUCGGUCAGCCCAGGCUGCCGUGUGACAGAUCAGAUUCCGGACACGCCUAAUGCAAUGCAAUGCAAGCCACACAAGUGUAGUGUCUGUCUGUCUGCCGUGUGUGUCACACGCAGGCGUGGACCUCAACAAGUUCGCCUCAGUCGUCAACACGUCAUCCGGCAGGUACUGUACUUCCCACACAGACACAUGGACCGGAUGCAUCCGUCCACCCAAACCAGCAGGCACACACACGUCUUCGGGCGGCCCCUCUCUGUGCUGUGGUGUGCAGGUGCUGGUCGUCUGAUACCUACAACCCUGCACCCGGUGUCAUGGAUAACGUACCGGCCUCCAGGUGUGUGAGUCAGUCAGUCCAGUGGACGAACGAUGCGAUUCGAUGGCAUCCAUCACAAUGAAUGCCUAUGCUUCGUGAUUCGAUUCACCAUCCGUCGAUGCCAUGCCAUGUCAUGUGUGCCUUUCAGGGAUUAUGUGGGCGGGUUUGCGAUAGAUUUGAUGGUCAAGGACCUGGGUCUGGCGCUGAGUGCGGCCGAGGUGACCAAGGCACCGCUGCCCGCCACCAAAGAGGCACACCGCCUCUACGGACAAGUCGCCGCCAAAGGUACGUGUAAGUGAAGGCAAUUGAUGAGCGUCAAGACACUCAGGGCUGGCCGCAUGUGUGUGUGUCUUGGCUGCUGUCACUCAGGUCAUGGCUCGUUGGACUUCGGCAGCGUCUACAAGUAUGGCGGCACCUGAAAGAAAGAGUGCGUUGGCCGCGUCGUAUGCCAUCAGCAUCAGUUUUUCGUCGACCUGUCUAGCUACACACACACACACACACACAGAGACACAGACAUUUACACAGCUCUUAUGGUGUCAGUCAGUUUCUUCCCUUGGUCGCCCCUGUGCCCGCCUCGGCUGACUUGCCUCUUGAUCGAUCCACCGACCAAGAGCACAAGUCUGCUGGGCGUGUCACAGCUGGAGGAUGGGGAGGACAGACAGCCUCACUAAUGUGUGAUGAAUCAGUGCAUGGGGCGUCUGUCUUUUUUGGGUGACGAUUGGUUCAUUCUUAUUCCGUUUUGUGCGUCCGUCCGUAGUGGACAGACAAGGCGUGGGGCGGCGCCUUCUCUCUCCUUCCUUUUUUUGAGCCGUACGUGCGUAUCUCGUCAGUCACGGUGAAUGUGUGGUGUGUUGCCGUUGUUGCUGCGGAGGUGCUGCCUGUGUGUAUCACCGCCUGGUCAUAGUCUGUCCAUCCCCUUUGUUUGUAUGUGGUGGGGUGGUGUGUGGCAACACAACCUGACGGACCCACCGUGUGUGUUUUUGUGUGAAUGCCGCGCCCGUCCCAACCACCGGAAGCUGCUCAUUUCGACUCGA